UUCACCAUCAAUCGGAAUCAUCUUGAUUUGCAUGAGCUUCCCUCCGCCCUCGCAGUCCCGACUGCUCUCCAGGUAACCAGGCUCGAUCCUUUUUCAUGCAUGGGUCAUCUCACGCCGUCGGUUUGAGAUGCCUCUAUCUACGGCAAGCACGCCCCAGCAGGCUCAGUCCGUCCAGGGUGUGCAGCAGCAGCAGCCUCAGCAGUCCACCAACACUCUGGCUUCGCGUUCCUCCCGAGUCAAACAAGGCGCGAAGCGCGUCUUCCAGCGCGUCGUCCUCUUCGUCCGCAACCGCCUCGUCUAGUUCUGAUCGAGGGCCUGACCCUCCAGCGCUGAGCUACUCCCAGUCCCGUGCUCGUUUCAUUUCUCGAUCCAGUCCAAUUCUGCUCUCCUUGUUGUGUAUGCUUUCCAAACAAUCCCAGCUAUCCCAUCCGUCGUAUAAAAUCUUUACCCGAACACACCUGUGAUUAAAUACUGUACAUAGCUUCCUCGAUCGGCACCCUGUGCUGGUACUCGUUCUCAAUUGGUUUUUGUCUUGCUGUAUCCGAAACUGAGCGUAGGGCGUGCGAAGUCCGCUUGGACAGAGUAAAAAACCAAGGCUGUGCGAGAGAAAACAGUACCUGCGACGAAGGAAUGGCCUAGUAACUCAC